CCUAGUCACUCUAUCUCGUAAAUUAGUUGCAUCAAGCUUAUAAUUGCAUCAAAGCUUCAUUUGGGAUUCAUUCAUCUUGAUUCAAAAAUGACACUGACGAGAAGAGUGAUAUCAGGCAUGGCUGUUUCUGGCGCCAUCAAAUUGCUUUCUCUCUCAUCUCACGUCACGUCCAUGCAUCGUUCUUCUGCUAUCCUCUAUCGCCAGAUGAGCACUGAAGCUCAAAAUGUUGCUACAAGACUAAAAAGUUCGGGACUGUUGCGAAGUCAAGCUCUGAUUGCAGGAAAAUGGACUGAAGCUUAUGACAAGAAGGUUAUUGAGGUAACCAAUCCUGCUACUGGUGAUGUUGUGGCGAAUGUUCCAUGCAUGGGUGUGAGGGAGACAAAUGAUGCAAUAUCUGCAGCUCAUGAAGCUUUCAGCACGUGGAGCAAAACCACAGCAGCGGAAAGGAGCAAAUGCCUACGGAAAUGGUAUGAUUUGCUGAUUGCUAACAAGGAGGAGCUUGGACAACUUAUUACAUUAGAGCAAGGAAAACCCUUGAAAGAAGCAAUUGGAGAGGUUUCCUAUGGGGCUGCUUUUAUUGAAUUUUUUUCCGAGGAGGCAAAACGUGUUUAUGGUGAAAUUAUACCUACUCCACUUUCUGAUCGUCGGUUAUUUGUUCUGAAACAGCCGGUUGGUGUUGUUGGAGUCAUUACUCCUUGGAAUUUCCCACUAGCAAUGAUUACUCGAAAGGUUGGUCCUGCUCUUGCCAGUGGUUGCACUGUAGUGAUUAAACCAUCAGAGCUUACCCCCUUGACAGCUUUGGCAGCAGCUGAACUCUCCAUUCAGGCUGGGAUACCUCCGGGUGCAGUAAAUGUAGUAAUGGGCAAUGCUACAGAAAUUGGAGAUGCAUUAUUGGCCAGUUCAGAGGUGAGGAAGAUUACCUUCACAGGCUCAACUGCUGUGGGAAAGAAGUUAAUGGCUGGUGCCGCCAAUACUGUUAAAAGGGUGUCGUUGGAACUUGGUGGCAAUGCACCCUGCAUAAUAUUUGAUGAUGCAGACUUGGAUGUGGCAGUGAAAGGAGCUCUUGGGUCCAAGUUCCGUAAUAGUGGACAAACAUGUGUAUGUGCUAAUAGGAUUCUUGUUCAAGAAGGUAUCUAUGAAGAAUUCGCAAGUGCUUUUUCAAAUGCUGUCCAGAACCUUCAAGUUGGGGAUGGUUUUGCUGAUGGUAUUGUCCAGGGACCACUUAUUAAUGAAGCUGGUCUUCAGAAGGUUGAAACAUUUGUCCAAGAUGCCAUUUCAAAGGGAGCAAAAGUGCUGAUAGGGGGUAGAAGACAUCGUCUUGGAAUGACGUUUUAUGAACCCACUGUCAUGACCAACAUCAAGAGUGAGAUGCUUUUGUCAAGGGAAGAAAUCUUUGGACCUGUUGCUCCUCUUCAUCCCUUUAGAACAGAGGACGAAGCUAUCCGUUUGGCAAACGACACCAAUGCAGGAUUAGCUGCAUAUAUAUUCACAACAAACAUUCAACGCUCUUGGCGUGUCAGUGAGGCCCUUGAGUAUGGAAUUGUUGGUGUUAAUGAGGGAUUAGUUUCCACGGAGGUAGCUCCAUUUGGAGGAUUCAAGCAGUCUGGUAUUGGCCGAGAGGGUUCAAAGUAUGGCAUCGAUGAAUAUAUUGAAGUUAAAUAUGUAUGCUUAGGAAAUAUGCAGAGUUAACUCAUUUGGGACAAAUGCAGUAACCUUCAAUCAGGUUUCUGUUACUGUAAGUUGGGUCAGGACACUAGCUCGGGUGAACAUGCCAAGUGAGCAUGAGAAUUAUAAACCAGACUAGUAUGUACUUGUAGUUAUCGGUUUUCCUUCCAGCGGCUAAUGCUUGUAAAAGAUGCACAUCAAUAAUCUGACUCAAUGAGUCUAGUUGCCUGUCAAAGACUUCAACAGUUGUAUUUAAACAUGGAAUGGACUACGUUCAAAACGACAUGGCUAAAUAGAUACAUUUGAAUUGUAUAAGUGUUUUGCAAAACGUUAAAUAGAUACAUUUGAAUUGUAUAAGUGUUUUGCAAAAUAUUACAUUACAUGGUUUCCCGUAGUUUCACUAUGCAACAACUAGAAUGGUCUAGUAAUAAGGUUUGUAUUUCAACCUCAAAAUUUUGGAAUCAAACAUACUCUAUAGACAUUUUAAGUGA